AUGCGGACGCUAGGCUCUAACACGGUCACUGCAGAUCGAUCUACAAUCCCUCCGUCCACGACUUGUGACUCUGUGGCUGCGGCUGGUACAGAAUCUGCCCUGCCCACACAUAAUGAACCUACUAUUGUUCCGACUCCCAUCCAAGGAUCAGAACAUGUGCAACAGACUGUACCAGACAGUGUAUUGUUGAGCAAACAGAAGAGUAUCCAACCUAGUCGCCUCACUCGCAGCGCCAACAGAUCACUUUUUCCAAAUGAUAAAGAUAGUAAUGAGACAGUGACAUUUAUUACAUCACAAACACUGAGGAAUACUGCUGCAAAUAAAAAGCUACAAUGCAGAAAGAAAGGAGGAAAGGAAGAUCAACUUGAGGGAGUCUUGGCAAGCUGA